AUGGCGACAAAAGCCCCGGUCGGCGCGGUCUCCUCUCCUCUCCGCGCCGAAAAGGAGUGCCCACCUGCCUUGCCUCCUAUAAAACCGGCCGCCCUCGAGCCCCGCCGAGCUGCAGUUUCUCUUGCAGCGGCCUGCUUCGCCCGUAGGGAACCCAACCCCGGUUGCUUGCUCAUUACUAGAGUCCAGAAACCGCUGGAAUUUUACCUAGUGAAAAACAACAAGAUAUGGCAAGCAUCGCCGUACGGGAUUGCCGAGCCGUGCUUCGGCCGAAUUGGUGGAUCUGGUGCCUUGAGUUUCGGUACGACGAUGGAGUUCAUCGGCAGCAAGGACGUGCAGAUGGCCGGGCUGAACACCGAGCUGUCGUCGAGAGAAGACGACGCGCUCCCGGCGCUCCUGAUCAAGGUUCCGACCCAGACCAUCGCGGGCUUCGACUGCGUCGGCGCGGACGCCGACGCCACCGUCUCCCUGGACGAGCUGGAUGACAAGGUGGAGGAGCUGCAGGGCCGCUCGGGAACCACCAAGGAUAUUGUCAUCAGCAUCCCUGCUGCGCCGGCUAGCGCGCCACCGCCACGCGUCGCCGUCGCUCCCGCGAGAGCCUACGACGACGACGCGCGCGUCCCGUACUCCGUGUCGCUCAGCAUGCCGGCGUCGCCGUCGGGGUUCCACCUGUCGCAGUUCAUGUGCGCGGAUCACGCGCGCGCGGCGCCGGCCGACGACGUCCACCACCACCCGGUGGCGGUGGAGGAGCAGCAGGUGGCGGAGGCGCACUCGCCGCGGCUGAUCAAGCAGACGCGGUUCCACUCGCAGCCCAUCCUGAACCUGCACCCGUCGUCCAAGAACGCCGUCGACGAGGCACGGCGGUGCGACAGCAGCAGCACGCGCGACAAGCGGUUCGACCCGUUCAAGACCUUCUCGGGCCGCCUCGAGCGGCAGCUGUCCAACCUGCGCGGCCGCCCGCAGGAGCCCGUCGACGGCAUAUCCCCGGACUCGAAGAUCUCCGAGGAGGAGACCGACCAGGUCCCCGCCGCCGACCGCUACUUCGACGCCUUGGAAGGCCCCGAGCUUGACACGCUAAGGGCCACGGAGGUGCCGGUGCUGCCGAAAGACGAGAAGUGGCCAUUCCUGCUGCGGUUCCCGAUCAGCGCGUUCGGUAUGUGCCUGGGCGUGAGCAGCCAGUCCAUCCUGUGGAAGACGCUGGCGUCGGCGCCGCCGACGGCGUUCCUGCACGUGAGCCCCGUGGUGAACCACGUGCUGUGGUACGCGGCGCUGGCGCUGAUGCUGCUGGUGUCCGUCAUCUACCUGCUCAAGGUGGUGUUCUACUUCGAGGCGGUGCGGCGCGAGUUCUACCACCCGGUCCGCGCCAACUUCUUCUUCGCGCCGUGGAUCGCGUGCCUGUUCCUGGUGCUGGGCGCGCCGCGGCUGGUGGCGGAGAUGCACCACGGCGUGUGGUACGCGGUGAUGGCGCCCAUCUUCUUCCUGGAGCUCAAGAUCUACGGGCAGUGGAUCUCCGGCGGGCAGCGCCGGCUGUCCAAGGUGGCCAACCCGUCCAACCACCUCUCCAUCGUCGGCAACUUCGUGGGCGCGCUGCUUGGCGCCAAGAUGGGCCUCCGCGAGGGCCCCAUCUUCUUCUUCGCCGUCGGGCUGGCGCACUACAUGGUGCUCUUCGUGACGCUCUACCAGCGGCUCCCCACCAACGUGACGCUCCCCAAGGAGCUCCACCCCGUGUUCUUCCUCUUCGUCGCCGCCCCCAGCGUGGCGUCCAUGGCGUGGGCCAAGAUCAACGGGCAGUUCGACGCCGGCGCCCGGAUCGCCUACUUCAUCGCGCUCUUCCUCUACAUGUCACUGGCGGUGCGCAUCAACUUCUUCCGGGGUUUCCGCUUCUCGCUGGCGUGGUGGGCGUACACAUUCCCGAUGACCGGCGCGUCCGUGGCGACCAUCACGUACGCGACGGAGGUGACCAACGUGCUGACCCGGGCGCUCUCCAUCGGGCUGUCGGGGAUCUCCACCGUCACCGUCGCCGGGCUGCUGGUGACCACGGUGUUACACGCCUUCGUGCUCAGGGACCUCUUCCCCAACGACGUGUCCAUCGCCAUCACCAGGAAGAAGCCCAAGUUCAGCAAGAUCCUGGCGCACUUCCGCUCGUCCAGCUCCGACAUGAAGGAGCUCGUCUUCUCCCUCUCCAACUCCAAGACGGCGGCGCAGUCCGACUCCGGCGACACCGAGACCGACCCGUCCGUGACCGCCAAAUCCCGAGCCGAGCCGUGA